AUGGCGCAUCUCAUUGUGGAGUCUUCUAGGAGUUCAGCCACAGACCUGGGAGCUGCCGGGUCCAUAGCAGGCAGGCAGUUUACAGCUUGCAAACGUCUUGACUGUUCUGAUGGUCUAAUAGUUCUGGUGAUUUCCAUCCUGACACUCAAAGCGGGGAUCAGUCCAGUUGGGGGACCCAGGGAACUGGGACUAUUGCCCAUCCCCCAGCUGGCAGCCUUCCAGCCCGCACGCAGCACCUCGGAAAGGUGCCCACUGACGCCUCCGCCUUCCUCCCCGCCCAAGUUGGCGGGGGAGCCCCGCCGGCGGCCCGCCCCCUCGGAGCCGGGAUCGCGGCCGCCAGAGAGCUCCCCCGCUCCCACCCCCACGAGCGGCCGCGGGGGACCGCACGCCAAGGUACGCGCGACACCGCGCGGUAGGCGCUCACGCCCCCUCGCCCCGAGCUGCCCGCCCGCCGUCCACCGAGGUCAGGCCCGGCCCGCGAGACUCUGGUCAGAUCCAGCCGCUCGCUACCGGGAGGCCGGCCCUCCGCCCCCGCCCCGCGACUCACUUGCACGCGAGUCGUGGCAGCGGCCGGAAUUCUUUUCCACGCGCCGAGCCCCACGCCGCGGAAAGAAACCGGGGCAGGGCGGCGUGCGGGCUCUGCGUCCCGAUCCCGCUCUCCCGUCCGCUUGCCAGGCUCCGGGGACGAGCAGCCCGCCCGAACCGGCCCUCCCUGCUCCCGUCCAGCCGGCAGCCCGCCGCCGCUGCUCCGGCCGCCGCCGAGCUGGCGAGAAGGCUUCUGACUUGGAGCCUCGGGCUGCCGAGCAUGCCCAGUCCGCGGCAGAGCCGGGUCGGCUUCCCGCGCGACGCUGGUCCGUUCCUCCGGGUGUUCCCGGCGGCCGGGGGGCGGGGACCGCGGACGCUCGGCCGGGGACCCAGCUGAGUCCCGCAGGACUGCUUGUCCUGGGGUGUGCUGGGGUUGGGGACUGGGGGGCGGGGGGAGGGGGCGUCCUUUUCGUUUCUAGAAACGGGAACUGGAGAUGCGGUCCCUCCCCCUACCAACAACGAGAAGAGGGAAGGGCCCAGAUGGUGGGUUUCAUCCUCCGGGAUCAGAAGCCCAACUAGGAGCCAACCCGAGAGAGUUUUGCGGCGAAAGCCGGCCAGACAGCUGGGGACCCAAACUCAGCCUUCGAGAAACUACCAUCGGGGACAGCUGUUGGCCAACUGCACUGGCAUUUUCCUUUCCCCACCAAGCCCAAGAGCUGCGACACUUGUGACUCCCUCAGGAUCGAUCAUUUAAAAUGGAUGGACCACCCACUCUUCGGGGCAUUUUCCUUUAAUAACCUUAGACUACCAUUUUCCCCGAAAAAGCAGGCGUCUGCCGCCUCCCUAAAUCGCGAAGCGCCAGGCAGCACGAAGGCCCAGGAGUUCUCGGGAAGAACCGGGGCCCCCUAGUCCGUCCGGGCCCCACCUCCCGCCGCCGCUCGGAGCUGCGGCGAAAACCUGGAGAGCGCCGCACCAGGGCCGGAGCACUGCGCAUGCCCAAUGGCCCCACGGGGGUGCGGGUCGCCAGCCGGUCUCCUCCGGCUCCGGCAGUGGAAUCCAGUACCCAGACGGCGAUUGCGCGGCAGAGGCAAUAGCCUUCGUUGGCUCCCGCCUUCCGGGCGGACUGCUCGUACCGCCGAGGCACCGGUCGCCCUGGACGCGCUACCUGCAGGGUCUGGGGGCGGGAGGGGUGGGGGGGGGGAACGGCCGUGCCUGCGUGACACGUGACUGUCGGCCGAGCUCCGGGGCAGCCAUCUUCAGCUCUCCCGGGCCGCAGGCGAAGAAGGGUCCCGGAUCCGGGCAGACUCUAAUCCAGUCGCCUCCCCAACCAGGCCCAGGCCCCCGCCCUCACCUGCAAUCCACCGGUCUACAGCGGGGAUAACAGCGAGGGCACUGCGGCGCCCGAGAUACCGGGAGGACCGGCUGUCUCCGGAGCCAGAACCUAAAGGCUGAGAAUUGAAGAGCCGCUCUCCUGGAGCUGAAGGCUUCUGCUUUUCCCCUGGGGCGGAAGUUGGGGAGAGGAGUUCCCGUUCCUAAGGCGCAGGCAUCGCUCCUCCUGCCGCUUCCCUGUUCUGACCCACUCCCGGCGACCGAGGAUGAAGGUGGAGAAAGGUGUUUGGACAACGGUCGCUCUCUUCCGUGCUUUUUCUCUUGCUGCUGGUUAGCUUGGAUGGUGAUGGUGUUAGUCACCUGAGGUCCCGGGAUCUCUGGACCCGCAUCCCCAUUACCUGAGAAUUCAUUAGAAGGGCACAUUCACGACCACACCUAAACCUACGGAAUCAAAAACGCCGCUAGUGGGGUCCUUCCUGAAAUCUGGUUAACAAGCUCCCAAGGUGAAUCUGAUGGCUGUUUUCCCUAAGCUGUAGAGACCCCUUUUCGUGUAUGAUGCGGAAAACUUAGCGUUCUCUACCCCCAAACACAGUGAAAAAAUCGAAUUUAAAAGGCGUCUGCUCCUGUGUGACCUCUUAAGAGGUCUUGUCCUCUCCAGCACCUCUGACCUCUUCACCUGAGGACACUAUGCUAUCUCACUUCUCAGGGAGAUAAGAAAGGGUGGUUUGACACAUACUGCUUUUAGGUGACAACUGACAACCAGCUCUAUUUAGAGUGUCGACCUAGAGCAAGGGCGUGUCUGAGAUUAUCGUAGCCCCGCUGGGCAUUUUUCAUCAGUUUGCACCUCGGAGGUAAAAAGGAGGCUUACUGGCUUGUGAAGUAAGUACUGGACAGCCGCAGGCUGUUUGCUGUGCUACUUUGCACUUGCUGUAACCAAGGUCAAAGCAAGCGAGCUUCUGCAGGCAGGUCAAGGAAUCCAGACUUUAAAAUCAUCCCCUCCCACCACCCACUUGUUACAAGUGUGUCCCAGGCAAUAUAGGGUUAGUUUAGUUACCCCUACCCCUAUCUUUGAAAUGUUUUAUGGGGGAAAAAAAAGAUUUGUCUAUAUAAGUUUUCGGAGUAUUCCUAAUACGUGAAAAGAGCAGGGUAUAAAAGUAUUUUAUACUCCAGAUUUUACUCCCAUUUCAAAAAGUAAUUCUUAGAAAAAGCACACAUAAAUAUACAUAACAUAGCUGUAAGUAAAUAUAGGGAUGGUAGUCUAAAGAGAAAUCCCAGCCUUGAAAGUGAUUUGAAUGGUGUGGUCAUAAGAGAUGCUUCAGAGUUGACAUACUUUUAAAUUAAGUUUAGUCGUGGUCUUUAAGUCAGUCACUCUUUGUACCCCAAAAAAAAAAAAAAAAAAAAAAAAGAUUUAAUCAAGAUAAAAUGUUCCUCUUCUAGUCCACUGAACAGUGAAGAACCUUAUCAAGAGGCUGGAGUGGUGGCUCAGCUGUUAAAGAGUACUUUGUUGUUCUUAAAGAGGACCCUAGUUCACUUCCCAGCACCCCACUUUGCCAUUGACAGCCAUCUGAAACUCCUAAGGGAUCUGAUGUCCUCUCUGGCUUGAGAGAACACCAAGCAUGCAAGAGUUACACAAGCAUGCAGGCAGGCAUAGAAUCAUUGCCGGAAGUAAUAAAUGACUUUAAGAAAUAAAA